AUGAGUCAUAAUCUAUUCUGUUUGUUAUGUCUUGUUGUAGUCACAUAUGGAUAUAGAGCUCAAAGAGCCUCCAAGUCUGAUUUACGAACCAUCGAAGAUAUUUUGAAUGCUGAAGCUCGUACAAAAGUGGCUCAAGACGAUGCUAGCUAUGCAUUUGAAGAUGUGAAAUGGGAUCCAUCAUCUAAAUUGAACAAGGACGAGUUAUCUUUCAAUAAUUGGGAUGACUAUUUUCAAGGUGACGUUGAUUUGACAGUCCAGCAGAUUGGAUUGGCUCCCGUCUAUCACUUGUGGAAUCCAACGCAGCCGAUUAGUUUCGAUUUUGCUGAUACCGUCCCGCCACCAACAAGAACUCUAAUAAAGAAAGCUUUGAAGCUUUGGCAAGACAACACAUGUUUACUGUUUGAAGAAAAUGGACCUUAUGUCGAUCGUCUAGAAUUCUUUGAUGGAGGUGGAUGUUCCUCAUAUGUGGGAAAAGUUGGUGGUACACAAGGAAUUUCCAUCUCAACACCUGGCUGUGACACAGUCGGUAUAAUAAGUCAUGAAAUAGGGCAUGCGUUAGGAAGUUUCCAUGAGCAAGCUAGGCCCGAUCAGUUUCGGCAUGUAUGGAUUAAUUAUAACAAUAUUCCUCUGAAACGGUGGAACAAUUUUCAACCUGUUCAUGCAAGCAUUGCAGGAACCUAUCAGAUGCCUUACGAUACAGGGUCGGUCAUGCAUUAUGGGCCAUUUGGUUUUGCUGAAAACUCUCUGGUUCCAACAAUUCGUACUUUGGACCGAAAUCAGCAAUCAACUAUCGGCCAGAGACAAGGUCCUUCUUUUCUCGACUUUGCAGCUAUAAAUGCUGCGUAUGGCUGUUCUUCUCGCUGUCCUCCUCUUAAUUGCCAGCAAAAUGGAUAUGUUAAUCCUAGAAACUGUUCGGAAUGUCUCUGUCCAGUGGGAUUCUCCGGAAAGUACUGUGAAGAAACGAAGCAAUCCAACUACCACUGUGGAGGAACAAUAUAUGCUCGGAAAGUGCCUCAAUAUAUUCAGAGUCCUGACUAUCCUGAGUAUCCAACUGAAAACGUGGAAUGCAUAUGGAGAAUUGUUGCUUCAAAUGGCAGUGUAUUCUUCAAAUUCGAAAAUGUUUUCGACUUUCGCUGCGACACAACAUGCGAUCGAUCAUUUGUGGAAGUUAAGUACCACUCUGACAAACGAUUAACAGGCGCCAGAUUUUGCUGUGCCAGGCUACCUCAAACAGUUUUCAGCUCCACCAACAAUGAAAUGAUAAUUUUACUUCGAGGUUAUGAACGAAAUUCUGGAAUAUUCUCAGCCCAAUUUUGGUCGAAUGGAAACGAUGAAGUAGAACAGUUAACUACUACUCAAUCAACUACGACAACAUCAGAGAGAACUACUCCCUUUACCCCAAGACCAACAGUAUCUUCUACCUUGUCUACCGAGUUUCCCAUCAAUUUUAGAGUGAGCCCUAGUAAAGGAAGUCGUCCCCAUAAGAUCACGAAGGAAGUUCUUCCGUUCACUGUUCCCUUUUCUUUCCUCACUACAACUAAACAGAUUUAUGAGAAUUUCACUUCUACAACUCCGAUUCCCAAGCAAAAUGUUACAGAGCCUUCCGGAAUUCUUAAAUCUGAAGAAUGCGAAUGCAGCGAAUGGUCUGAUUGGGAGAACACGUGCAAUCAGGAAUGUGGAGGGUGCGGACACCGCAAACGAUCCCGUACAUGUGAUGGAACAAAUUGCAGACUCAUGGAGAAAAGGCCAUGUAAUUUCAAAGUUUGUCCUUCGGGAACUAAUUUCCUCAUCAAUAAUGGUGAAUUCCAUAUUCUGUGGAGAGGCUGCUGCGUUGGUCUAUUCCGAUCUGGGAACGAGUGCUCUGCAAUGGAAACAAACUCGAAUUCCCUCAUAACAAUGCUAGCAUCUUUAUUCGACUUCAAAGAUGAAGCUACGAAAGUAUCGAGAAGCUGA